AUGUGUAGCAAAUCACUAAGAACAAAUAUGUCAGGAGAAUCCGUGGAUGUUGAGAAGAGGUUAGCUAACACUGAUAGCUGUUCAGUGACUACCUCGAGUGUUAACGUGGACGAUGCGGACGUUGCAUUGAGAUUCUUGAAGCAGAAUGGCCUCGAUGAAAGUUCCAUGAAUGUCGAGGAUGAUAGCAUACCGAGCAAAGAGGCCAACUUCUACGGUUCUCAUGAACUGGCGCCGGAAGUGCUGAGGAAGGUGGACCUCUUUAUUUUGCCCUUUUUAUGCUGCACGUACCUUUUAAUGUUUCUGGAUAAAGCUCUGCUGAACUAUGCCGCAUCCAUGGGUAUCAAGGACCAUUUGAAAGGUGAUGAGUUUUCCAAUUUGGGUACCAUUUUCUCCGCUGCUUAUAUUUUCAUGGAACCUGUUGUUACAUAUUUGAUUCAGAAAUUCCCUAUUUCCAAAAUCCUGGGCACGUUUAUUACCAUCUGGGGUAUUGUGUUGGCCUGUCAUGCUGCUUGUAAGUCGUAUGCCUCAUUGAUGAUCGUCCGUACUCUUUUGGGUCUCUUUGAAUCCUCAAGUGCAGUUGGUUGUAUCGCUAUUAGCGGAAUGUACUAUACUAAAUCUGAGCAGAGUGCAAGAAUCGGAUUUUGGGCCACGCAGGCUGGUACUGGUUACAUUGUCGGUGGGUUGAUUUCUUUCGGAUUUUUACAUUACCAUGGUACUGCUUUCACCUCCUGGCAAAUUAUGUUUUUGGUGGUCGGUCUGGUCACUGUUGCGUUUGGUGUUCUUACGUUCUUAUACCUGCCAGAUAACGUUACUAAUGCGUGGUUCUUGAAUAAAGAAGAAAAGAUUCAAGUUGUUGAGCAUAUCAGAGCUAAUCAAACUGGUUUGGAAACAAAGAAAUUCAAGAAACAACAAGUUAAAGAACUAUUCUUUCAUGAUAAAUUUACCUGGCCUAUGCUUUUAUUGACUGCAUGUUCUCAAAUUUCAACCGGUGCUAUUGGCACAUUCUCAGUGACUAUCACUGGUACUUUUGGGUUCGACAAGUAUGAAACAGCAUUACUGCAGUUGCCUAUUGGUGCCAUUACAGCUAUGAUCAUUCUUAUCACGACACAAAUGUUGUCUCGUUGGGGUCAUAUCACGCUUAUAACCACCUCCAUGUAUAUUCCAGCCAUCAUAGGUUGUAUUGUUCUCAUCAGUUUACCAUUGUCUCAUAAGAUCGGUAAUUUAUUUUCGCUGUACUUGCUUUACAGUGGUUCAUGUGUCAUUACCAACAUUUACAUAUGGAACUCAUGCAAUACCUCCGGUUACACGAAGAGGGUUUUCAGAAAUGCCAUAACAAUGAUCGUAUACAACGUUUCCUGUAUUGUCGCCCCGCAGAUGUUUAGAGCUUAUUCUGCCCCACGUUACAUCCCAGCAAAGAUUGCCUUGUUAGUCACUCAGUGUGUUUGUGUUCCCUUACAAUUAUACAUUGGUUAUAUCUGCAAGAAGGAGAACGAAAAACGUGACGAGGAACAAGAAGGUCAAGACAAGAAGAAGUACCAAUUUUUGGACUUGACUGAUGUUGAAAACAGAAACUUUAGGUACAUUUACUAA